AGAACAACAAGCCUCCGGUGGCAGACGCCGGGCCAGAGAAGGAGCUGACCCUGCCUGUGGACAGGACCACUCUGGACGGCAGUAAGAGCAGAGACGACCAGAAGAUCUCCUCCUACCACUGGACCAAGACCAGGAUGUUCUGAACGGCUCGGACCACCAGGCGGUUCUGUUCCUGGGGAACCUGGUGGAGGGAAAGUACUCGUUCACCCUGACUGUGAGCGACAGCAAAGGUCAGAGCAGCUCAGACCGAGGAGGUGUGGAGGUCCGAGCAGACGUGUGGGAGCGGGACCUGGUGGAGCUGCUGCUGGAGGUCCCGGUGUCUCAGGUGUCUCAGCGUCAGCGGGACAUGCUGCUCCGUCAGGUCGGGGUUCUUCUGGGCGUGCUCGAUGGUGACAUCAUCGUCAGAGAGAUCCGUGCGUUUAACGAGCACAGCACUCGGCUGGUGUUCCUGGUGUCGGGCGGUCCGGACCGACCUCCUCUGUCGGGUCGCAGCGUGGCGCUCAGCCUUCGGAACAAACUGCACAAACAGAAGAACGACUUCCUGAUCUUCAGGGCCCGAAGCGUCGACACUGUUGUCUGUCAGAUGAACUGCUCGGGWCACGGAGAGUGUGACCCGUUUACCCGGCGGUGUGUGUGUCAUCCCUUCUGGAUGGAGAACUUCAUCAGGGCUCAACUUGGAGACACAGAGAGCAACUGUG